UCCUCCGAUCCUCCAGAGCAGAUCUGUUGCUGUGUAGAGCUCAGCACUCGAUCGCUCUCUACAAAAUCUUCUGUAACAUGAAAUUCGCCGGCUUCUUCCUCUCGUGUUUGCCAUUGGCGGCUGCCCUGCCUCAGGCUGCACCCCCCGCAACCUUCACACAGAACGUCAUCUACACUCCUCCAUCCGACUACACCGAUCCACGAGUUCUCUAUGCGCGCACCGCUCAGCUAGAAGAUGGUACCCUCCUCGCGACAUGGGAGAACUACAGCCCCGAGCCUCCGAUGGUAUACUUCCCCAUCUACAAGUCCACCGACAGUGGCUACACCUGGUCAGAACUAUCCAGAGUGGAGGACGAAGUCAAUGGCUGGGGUUUGCGAUACCAACCUUUCCUCUACGUGCUCCCAGAAGCUCUAGGUGACUACCCAGCGGGUACCGUCCUCCUCGCUGGCUCUGCCAUCCCAACGGACCUCUCCAAGACACAAAUAGACCUGUACGCUUCGACCGACAGCGGAGCAACAUGGAGCUUCGUUUCGCACAUCGCUGCCGGUGGCGAGGCAAGACCCAACAAUGGUUUGACACCUGUCUGGGAGCCUUUCCUCAUGAAGCACAAAGACUCGCUCAUCUGCUACUACUCGGACCAGCGCGCAAACACCACACACGGCCAGAAGAUGGUGCACCAAACCACCACCGAUCUCAAGACCUGGGGCGACGUGAUCGACGACGUCGCAUACCCUACAUACACCGACCGCCCUGGCAUGCCUACCGUUGCCGAGCUCCCCAAUGGCCAAUUCAUCAUGACGUACGAAUACGGUGGUGGCCCCGACUUCUCGAACUAUCAGUUCCCAGUGUACUUCAAGAUUGUGUCUGAUCCCGAACAAUUCGGCCCUGCGACAGGUCGCGUGCUCAAAGCAACAGACGGUACGAUCCCCACCGGAUCGCCGUAUGUAGUUUGGAGCCCAGUCGGUGGCGCAAAUGGCACAAUCAUCGCGAGCGCGCACUCUCAUACGGAUGUUUUCAUCAACACGCAGCUUGGAGAAGGACCUUGGACGAGGGUUGCGACGGGCGAGUUGACGCACUACACGCGGCAUUUGAGAGUGUUGCAGGAUACAUCGAAGUUGUUGAUUAUGGGUGGCGGACAACUGCCUCCUAGCACGACCAACAAGAUUCAAUUGACUGUCAUGGACAUCAGCGAUCUGUAG